AUGCCGCUAGUAAAUGUUGUGGAACAGUCGGCGAUCCGAGAUUUACGCGCCAAAUUGGGUGCAUUCAAUUCUCAACUGCAAAAUGAAUAUGCUCUUUUGGAUCCGCAAAACACUGGCAAAAUCUCGGUGCAUAAGUGGUGCAAAUGUGUCGAAAAUGUUACGGGGCUAAAUUUGCCCUGGCAUGCACUAACUGCACGGCUCGUUACAUUAGCCGACGAUGGCAAAAAUGUGCUUUACAAAGAAAAUCCACCAGCAAUACAGAUGGGCACUGGUGGCAAAAAAUUUGCACAGGACAAUUCCGGUUUGGUAUCAAUGAAGGAAUUCCUGGAUGCUUGCAAAAUCCUGGGGCAAUAUACUCGCAGCCCGUUGACAGCACCGUAUUUGGAGGAAAUCGCAGAAAGCAUCGAUUUCAACAAGGACGGCUUCAUUGACUUGAAUGAAUUACUGGAAGCAUUCCGGCUUGUUGACCAGGGAGACGAAUGA